GCUUUUGCUGUUAAAAUGAACGUGGAGGGUCAAAAUAAGAAGAAAGAGUAUGUUGCCGAUAUUUCCUCCAUAAAGGAAGCCCGGAUACGUAUUCGACCUUUCAUCCAUCAAACCCAAGUUUUUGCAUCUGAAACUAUCAAUGCUGCUUCAGGAAAACAAUUUUUCUUCAAAUGUGAAUGUUUCCAGAAGGGUGGAGCUUUUAAAUUCAGAGGUGCCUGCAAUGCUAUAUAUUCACUUGAUGAGGGCGAGGCUGCUAAAGGGGUUGUGACACAUAGCAGUGGCAACCAUGCUGCAGCUUUGUCUUUGGCUGCAAAACUGCGAGGAAUCCCUGCAUAUAUAGUUAUACCAGAAAAUGCUCCCAAAUGUAAAGUUGAAAAUGUGAUACGUUAUGGUGGUCAGAUUAUUUGGAGCAAAAGCGCAAUACAGUCAAGGGAAUCGGUUGCUGCGAGGGUUAUGCAAGAAACUGGUGCACUUCUCAUACACCCAUAUAAUGAUGGGCGCAUAAUAAGUGGGCAAGGUACCAUCUCGUUGGAGCUUCUGGAACAAGUCCCACAAUUAGACACUUUAAUCGUUCCCAUAAGUGGUGGUGAUUUGAUAUCAGGAAUUUCAGUGGCUGCAAAGGCCAUCAAUCCUGCCAUCCGGAUUUUUGCUGCAGAACCUAAGGGAGCUAAUGAUGCAGCCAUGUCAAAAGCAGCUGGUAAGAUAGUAACACUACCAGAGACCACCACCAUAGCCGAUGGUGUUCGAGCUUUUCUCGACGACCUGACCUGGCCAAUAGUAAGAGAUUUGGUGGAUGAUGUAAUAACUGUGGAGGACAUAGAGAUAGUUGAAGCAAUGAGACUUUGUCUUGAAAUUCUGAAAGUUGUUGUGGAACCAAGUGGGGCAAUAGGUCUUGCUGCUGUUCUCUCUGAUAGUUUCAAGCAAAACCCUUCAUGGAAGGAUUGCAACUCCAUUGGCAUUAUACUUUCUGGAGGUAAUGUUGAUCUUGGCAUGCUUUGGAAUUCUUACAAAAAUUGAAGCUCGAUUCUCGAUUGUUGAUCUGCCUAUGCUUCUUCUUUGAGACCUUAGCAUUUGAUUUUUCAUUCCUUGGGAGACUUGUUUUCAAUCCUUACUGAUCAUAUGAGCAGAUAUAGACUUUUUUUUUUUUGGGUUUAAAUGUUCACGCUGUUAGUUUCUUCUUGUAUAGAUUGAUUAUAUAACGAUGGAAAACGGAGUUUGACAUGCUA